AUGUCCACCGGCCGAAGAGCCGGACUUCGUGGCCGCCGCGCGUGGGACACGGCGUUCCGGAAACAGGUUUUCGGUACCGUCUGUUGCCGCGGUCACGAAAACGCCGGUGCACCGGCGCGGUUACGGUCACGUAUUUCACGGGCACGGUCGCGUUCGAGACCGAACGGGACAAUGUUGAGAACGGCGCGUGAAUCGCAAAUACAACGUCGUGCGGACGCACACGCGAGAAAAUAAUAAAAACGAAUUUCACCGCGGAGGUUGAACGAAAAUAACGGCGGUUUUUACAUCGGGCGCAAUCGGCGGCGGAGUUCGGCGGACACGUUGGUCGUCGUCGUUGUCGCGUUCGCGGUCCUCGACAUUCUGCGACCGUGUGCGCACGUCGCUAUCACGGGAACGAGACUGCGGUCGCGGCUCGCCACGGACUCGGACGCAUUGUGCCGACCCGAUUGUGGUGGGGCUCGUACGAGUACUAUCGUCGCGCCGCCGCUCGCGCUGCCGCCUGCCGCCGCGACGACGUGA